AUGAUCCCCAGCCGUCUGCUCCUCUCCAAGGGGUUCACCACCUCAGUUGCGGGCUCACGCUUCGCUUCGACCCUCGUCGUCGCCGAGCACAACGAUGAGAAGCUGUCCCCAAUCACGCUGAACGCCAUCACUGCUGCUUCCAAGUUGGGCGGUGAUGUUACGGUCCUUGUCGCCAGUUCGAAUGCCAAGGCGCUGGCUGCUGAGGCCGCGAAGAUCACUUCCGUCAAGAAGGUCCUCGCUGUUCAGGACGACAAAUUCAAGAACUCGUUGCCUGUGUCGGACGUCACGCAAAUCCACUCGGCCGACACCUUCACCAGGACGAUGUACGCCGGAAAUGCCGUUGCAAAGGUCCAAUCGACAGCUACCGUCAAGCUGCUCACGGUCCGCGGGACUGCUUUCGCCCCUGCUGCUGGUGGCGGUAGCGGUGCGGUUGAAGAUUUGCAAGUUGGGGAGGUGAAUGCGGACAGUGAAUUCCUGGGACAGGAGCUGUCAAAGAGCGAGCGACCCGACCUGGGAACCGCUAAGAUCGUCGUUUCUGGAGGCCGGGGCCUGAAGAGCGGCGACAACUUCAAGCUCAUCUACGACCUUGCUGACAAGCUUGGCGCUGGUGUUGGCGCGUCGAGGGCGGCCGUGGAUGCCGGAUACUGCCCCAACGACAUGCAGGUCGGACAGACGGGAAAAAUUGUCGCACCGGAAUUGUACAUCGCCGUUGGUAUCUCUGGGGCCAUCCAGCAUCUUGCGGGCAUGAAGGACAGCAAGACCAUUGUUGCGAUUAACAAGGAUGGAGAUGCUCCGAUUUUCCAGGUUGCCGACAUUGGACUGAAGGAGGACCUCUUCAAGGCUGUACCCGAGAUGACCAAGGCCCUC